AAAUUAUCGACCUGCAUCUGCAUAUCCAGUAAACUUUGGAAUCAAUACUAAACCGCCUCCUGGUUAUAGUCCCGCACAUUGUUCAAUGAUGUAUCCACGUCAACACAUCCAACCAACUGUGUUACCUUCGCAUAACAUCCCACCAAUACACCCAAAUAUGCCCCUAUUUUUGGGAUACAGACAACAUAUGCAUGCGGCACCGAUAAGUAUAAAUAAUGAGCACGAUUUUUAUGCUAUAUAUAAUCAACAGUUUUAUAACGGGAACUGAUUAUAUAUUUCUGUCAUAAUUCGGCCAGUGCACAGUCGAAUAACGUUGUACUAAAUGUAACAAUCUUAUCAGAAAAUGCUGUCCUGAUGUUUUUCGUUACCAAAAGAAUUUUAUUAACGCUUUAUUUUAAGAAUAGUUAGUGUACAUUUCGUUUGAAAAUUGCCGGUUUUUGUGGAUAUAACGCUUUGAGGGGGAUUUUUCCUGUAAGUAUUAUAUGACAAUUAAAAUUAUUUCUUAGGUUCAUAAAUAAUGUAAGAGAUGUCCAAUUUUUUAAGUUUAUUAGUUAAUUAAAAGUUUUCGUACAUCUAUAAAUUUACUGAAAGAGUUGUCCUUAGGUGAAAAAACUGAAAUUCUAAUAGUCUCUUUAACUAGCAAAAAACGAACUUAACUAAAAAAUUUCAUUGACAAAAGAUUAAGGUAAUAAAGCAACUCCUAUUCAGGCAAA